GAGAGAGAGAGAGAGAGAGAGAGAGAGACCGAGAGAGAGAGAUCUAACAGGUGUCGACUAGGACUGCCCAUGGACCAAACAGUGCGAUAAGCAUCCAGUCUGCAGCCACUCUCCUGGAUGGGAGCGCCAGGUCGUUGUGCGUCCCCUUAUUUGGAUUUGCGUCAAAAAGUGUUCUAACAGGUAUUUUCUGGGGCUUCAUUUUCCUCUGAAGUUGGCGCCAUUUAAACUCCCGUUUUCUACCCCGGAAAGAAAAGAGGAGGAUUAAGCGCCGAUUAAGAAACUCUCAUCACUUUCCUGGCAGCGUCUCCAGCGCGCCCAUCGGCUCUCCGGCUUCACAUUCAAAGUGCUUCAGUCGUUUUGGUGGGACGCGGACUGAGCAGAUGCACAGAGAAUUUAAUCCUCUAGAAAAUAUUUUUGGAUCAUAAAGAGCAGAUGAUGCAGAUAUAGCCAGAGGAGGAAUCUAUUAAAAGUGUUAUUGGUUUCCUGAAAAGGCACCUUUUUUUUUAAAUGUGGACAGUGGAAACAAGAUAGAAGUGGGGGGGUUCAUAAGAUGAUUGUGUCAGGAAAAGAUCUCUGAUGAACUUUUGUCUCUGGCAGUCAUGGCAUUAAGUGAGACAUCCACAUGAAGUGAAAUCCUGUGCUUUGUAAAGGGGGGGCUUGAAAGAAGAUUUUUCUUUCUUUGAAAAAAAACCCAAACUGUAGAUCAUACUUCAUCCAGCAAAACAAACAAUACCCCCACUCCCUCCUCAAUGAGCUGAAUUUGGCAACUGCGUACUUUUAAUAAGCUCCACUUCCACAACAAGCCUCUCAGUGCCAGUCAUGGUGUCUGUCUGAUGCUGAAAAAUAAACUGAACUGGAGGACAACGGGGGAAGUCAGACUUAAUCAGAUAAAUUAUGUUUCUGUAGUGUGUCACCACAAAUCUGAGACAUCCAGAUUUUUUUUGUGUUUAUUUCCUUAAACACGGUGGUGUGUAAAGUUUUCAUCUUUUCAAACCAUAUAGGCUUUUAAAUAUCCUGGUCCCUUGGACAUCUUUUCAUUUCUCAAGGAUCCGCUUUGGUUGUCUUCCAUUUUGCGUUCUCUCUCAUACUGAGCCCGGUGAUAGGCUACACCACUCCUCCCAACAUCCUUCUUCACCUUUUUACACCAUACUGGUUCUCUGAGCGGCUUCAUCCUGGCCGGCACUAUUCCAGCCAAGGGGGAAGAGGACUUCCUGACGCUGGCCGCCUCACGGCUCAGCCGCAGGAAACGCGUCAUCGGAGCGGCUGUAGGUGUGGCCAUGGUUCUAAUACUGUUGGUGGCCAUUCCCCUGCUGGUCCACACAACCAAAGGGGGGAACACUGGAAAUGCAGGGAGCCAUUAUGAAAUGCUCGGAAGUUGCAAGAUGGUAUGCGACCCCUACGCUACGUCUCAGCCAGGCCAAGAGCUGACGGCUGUGUCUAUGCCGCCCCAGGAUUACUCUGGGAAGAAGCUAAAGUCUGGGAUUCGUGGGCCUCCAGGGAUCCCUGGCCCUCAAGGAGCACGAGGAGCCCCUGGAGAGCCAGGCAAACCGGGGCCACAGGGGCCCCCAGGUCCAGGUCCUGGUGGCUACUCUCCCUCACUCUACACUCCAAAAAUCGCCUUUUACGCGGGGCUACGCAAGCAGCACGAGGGGAGUGAAAUACUGAAGUUUGAUGACGUGGUGACCAACGUAGGUAACUACUACGAGCCCAGCACCGGCAAGUUCACCUGUCCUCUGCCCGGCAUCUACUUCUUCACCUACCACGUUCUGAUGAGAGGUGGCGAUGGGACCAGCAUGUGGGCCGACCUCAAGAAGAACGGACAGGUAAGAGCCAGCGCCAUCGCUCAGGACGCUGAUCAGAAUUACGACUACGCCUCCAACAGUGUGAUCCUGCAUUUGGACGUGGGUGAUGAGGUGUGCGUGCAGCUGGACGGAGGGAAGGUCCACGGAGGGAACACAAACAAGUAUAGCACCUUCUCCGGCUUCCUCAUCUACCCAGACUGAACCUAAUCCGUACUCACGGAGACACACACACAUAUUCACACUUUACACAGACAUGUACGUAUGCAAAUUAAUGCACACACACACAGACAUGCACAUGCACGAUGCUUGCAUGUACAGACAAAAAUACACUCACACACACACAUACAGACAUCCUGAGAUUACAACAGAAGCGUGGAUCGAGUGAAAAUCAGAGAUAAGUGGGAUUAAGUGGAGUUGUGUGAUUUUGAGCCAAUCAUCAACUGCAAAUAUUGGCGCCUAUGAAUAACAGAAUAUGUACAGUAUAGGUGCACAUAAAGCUGUGGCUCGGAAAUAUCUAAAAUACUUUAAUGUGUUCCAUAUUAACGGACAUCGUGAGAACUAGAAUAUAACAAACACCAUCAGUCUAAUUGUUUUUUAAUGCAAUAAUGGUGUUGAAGGUGCCAUUAAUCAAGAUGACUACGCUGAGGCGAAUGCACACCCACGGUCUUUACCUUACACAUUAUAUUCUGCUCUCCAUUCCAGUGACCUCUGAUCGAACGGCCUGCCUAUAUUUCGCAACUCAUCAUUGUAAAAAAUAUUUUUACACCAGUUGAAAUUAAAUCCCUGUUGUGAUUCACGCUGCAUCGGGGCCGCGCUGAUCAAAAUAAGGCCAUCUGAAUAAACACAGAUGCUGGACCUUGUUUCCGUCAUGACGCAGGAUAUCACAGCAAGAUAAAACAAAACAUAUUAAACAAGGCAACACAUUUUAUGGAUGUGUGUGAUGAUAAUUGCCAAGUGCAUUAUUGACAAUAUUGUGUGCGUGUGUGUGUGGGUCAGUAGUAUGAGUGGAUAUAUAUAUAUAUACUGUAAUAUACUGAGGCAGUGAAAAGUAACAGCUGCAGUGUUUUACUUACAUUCAAUGUUGUACAAUACAUUACAGGCACGUUACUGUAAUUACACUGCCAUACCUACUUUAUUUUUGAGAGACCCCUGUCAAAGUAUUAUAUGUAUAAACACAGUAAUCCUGGGAUGGGCUAUCUGGUAUGUUGAAUAGGCUGAGUAGACAAUUGCUAUUAAAAUAUAUAUACCCCUA